AUGAUGAUGCGCACGCUCCCCGCGAUCGUCGCCCUGGCGGCGUCGGCCCGCGCCGGCGACACGAUCAAGACCGGCCGCCUCGUCGGCGGCGACCUCUUCCUCUGCGCGAACACCCAACUCCAACACGCCGACAUGCUCUACCGCGUGGACACGGCGACGAUGAACGUCACGGCGUCCCUCGCGAUGCCGCCGGACGCCGACGCCGACGGCUGGAAGAAGAUGGUCUGCGGCGCGACCACGGCGGCGUCUGAACACCAAGUCUUCUGGGCCCUCGACGCCAUGUACGCGUCGUCGCCCGGCGCGGGCCCCGCGAUCCUCGCGCUCGCGGGCGACGCGAAUUCGCUCGCCGUCGCGACGCGCACGCCACUGCCCAUCGACUGCGGCGGCCAGGCGCGCAACAGCUACUGCAACGCCGCCGGCAUGGUCGUCGACGGCGCCACGCUCUGGGUCGGCGUCAACGAGUACCUCAAGUACGCCGCCGGCGGCUGGGCCUGCCCGGACGGGUAUUUGUCGUCGCUCAAGUCGCUCUCCAUGCACGGCGGCAAGCUCUACGGCGUCGCGACGUGCGACGGCGACGCGCCCGACGCCGCGAGCGUCGUCGUCCGCUUCCACAAAAAGGGCACGCCCGAGUCCUGGGCGAGCUUCGAGAACGACGGCGGCACGCUCGACGACCUGCUCGUGGCGACGGGCGGCCGGCUCUGGGUCCCGGGCACGUCCGAGGGCCGCUACGCGCAGGCGCUCUACGAGGUCCUCGACGGCGGCGGCGAGGGCAACGUGACGCUCGCGGCGGCGGCGGCGACGCUUGCGAACGCCGCGUUCAUCGCGGACCUGAGCGGCGUCGCGGCCGUCGGCGACGCCGCGGUGCUCGCGACGGGCCAGUCGUGCACGCCGGCGCCGCCGCCGCCCGCGCUCGCGGGGACGCCGGACCUGCCGCCCUACUGCGCCUACAAGGAGUCGCCGAAGGCCCUCGUCGCCCGCGUCGCGCUCGCGGACGGCGGCAACGCGACCAUCGGCGACGUCCGCGACGUCGCGGCCUACAAGCUCUUCGUCGCCGGCGGCGACGUCUACGCCGUCGAGCCGGGCGGCCAGGGCGGCGAGCUCGUCGUGCGCUACGACGCGGCGUGGCUCCGCUGGCUCUGCGCCGUCGCCGGGCUCGUCACGGGCUGCGAGGACAGCAGCUCGUGGUACAUCGCGGGCAAGCCGCCCAAGGACUGCGCCUGGAUCGCAAGCAACCCGACCAAUCGAUGCUUCGACGACAAGCUGGAUGAGAGCGGCGUCGCGUCGGAGAUUGGCUGCCCGGCCACGUGCUCGAACUGCCCCGUGGCGGCGCCGUCCGCCGCGCCGACGACGGCCGCGCCGUCCGGCGACGGCGCCGCGCCGACGGGCUCCGUCGCGUGCGAGUACACGGGCAACCCCUGGGUCCACGAGGUCGCCCUCGCCCAGGGCGAGACCAUGGUCAUCGAGGAGAUCCGGGCGACGCAGCAGAACAUCUGGGUCGAGCUCGACGCGACGGCCGACAUCGACCUGCUCCUGCAAACGGCCGCGGGCGAGACGAUCCUCGAGUUCGACGGCGCGUCGAGCACGCACUGGUACCCGAACCAGCAAUCCUUCGCGUUCAACGGCAUGUCCUUCACGACCUGCGUCGACGGCUGCACGUACACGCUCACCGCGGGGCCCUACUACGACGGGAAGAGCUACGCGAUCACCGGCGACUCGUCCUACGCGAGCGAGUACGUCUACGUCGACGGCGCGACGACGGAGGAUUUGGUUCUUUCGGCCGUGGGCUACCAGACGGGGUCGGGCACGUCGGAGUUCCUCUACCGCCUCGAACUCAGCUCCGACGGCGACGGAUGGGACGACGGCGUCACCUACGAGAUCUUCUCGCUCGACGGCGACGCGGUGGCCACCGGGACGCUGGUCGACGGCGCGUUCGAGACGCAGUUCGUCUGUCUCGCCGACGGAUGCUACACGAUAGACGUCACAUCGGAGGAUUUCGUGUGGGACGAUUUCGUCCAUCCGAACCACGGGCGGCGAUUAAGCUCCGACAUCUCGCUCACGUUCGCGGACGCGGAUGCGCAUCGCUUCGCCUGCGCGGACGUCGGAUGCUCCGAAUCGUUCUGCGUCGAGGCGGGCGACAUAUCCCUCUAUCGGCUCGAGCUCGCGUCGACGGGCGACGGCUGGGACGGCGCGACCUACGCCGUCGAGCCGCUCGACAACGAGUGGGCCGACGCGGUCGGCGGCACGCUCGAGCGCGGCACCCGCGACACGCGGUUCCUCUGCCUCGCCGACGGCUGCUUCCGGGUCGAGCUCGCGGGCGCGACGGACGCGGCGUCCUUCACCUUCGCGGACGAAGACGCGCACCGCUUCUCUUGCGGCGGCGUCGGAUGCGUCGAACACUUCUGCGUCGCGGACGGAGACAUGUACGACAUGCCCACGAGCGCGCCGACGCUGCCGCCGACGACGGCGCGGCCCACGACGAGCGAACCGAGUCGAGGGCCGACGUCGAGCCCGCCGACCGCGCCGCCGACGACGGGCGCGCCUUCCCGGGCGCCCUCUCCCGCGGCGACGUCGAGGCCCACCUACGCGCCCUCGCGAACGCGGCCGCCGAAGCUCGUGACCGUCGCCGUCGUCCUCCGGGGCCUCCCGUCGACGGACGACUGGCCCUACGCGGACUGCGCGUCGAACCGCAGCAGCGCGGACUACUACAACGCGGCGAGAGAGUGGCGGCUCUUCGGCGAGCUCGUCUUCGACAGCGUCAUCGCGAGCCCCGCGGACGCGACGCUCGGGGCCCUCGCGUACGUCCAGUGCGACGGCGGCGCGCCGCUCGGCAACGCGACGCGCCUCGUCUACAGCUUCGAGAGCGGCGCGUGGUCCGACGACGCCGCGACCGCGCUCAAGGACCGGUACCGCGACGGCUCCGCGCGGGACGCGAUCGUCGCCGUCGUCUGCGAAGAGCUCGGCGGCGUCAACGUGAGCUGCGCGGACGGGCGACGGCUCGCGGAGGGCGUCCCGACGCUCGACGGGCUCGCGCGGUCGGAGAUCUCGUCCUGGCUCGACGCCGGAGACAGCGAGGCCGAGGUGGACGAGGCCGUCGUCGUCGCCGCGACCGCCGCGCCCUCGCGCGGAGCGCCGUCGUCGCGCCGCAAGUCGUCGUCGUCGACGGACGUCUACCAGGCCGCCGCGACGUCCCCGUUCAUGCUCCUCGCCGCCGCGGUCCUCCUCCUCGGCGCGGUCCUGCUCGUCGUCGUCAACAAGUUCCGGUACCGCGGCAAGGUCGAGGCCGGCAAGCCCGCCGUGGAACUGACGAGCAAGUCGCCGCGGAACGUCGAGUUCGACGACGUCUUCGGCGGGGCGGCCUCAAAAAAGAAGAAGCAGAAGGAGAAGCGGCCGUCGCUCUGGACGCUCCGGCCCCCGUCGCUCGCGCCCGUGGAGCCGCGGGACGCCGCGAAGACGAAGACCAACCCGAUGGCCGCGCGCAAGUCGACCGCGGGGAGGCUCGAGUCGCCCGCGGCGGGAAAGUCGCCGGCUCCGACCGUCGAGCGCGUCUUCCGGAAUUCCGUCGCGGGCACGUCGAUCGGGAACUUCGCCAACCCCAUGGCGGCCAAGGCCGCGCGGAGCGCGUCGGCGCCGGCUCCCAAGUCGCCGGCGCCGACGGUCGAGGCGGUCUUCCAGGCCGAUUCGCCGCGCGUGGCCGGGGCCAACCCGAUGCGCCGCCCCACCUACGAGUCGAAGACGAGGAUCCGCGACGCGUGGGAGGAGCUCGAGGAUCCCGCGACCGGCCGCGCGUACUGGCACAACCCGUCCACGGGCGAGACGUCCUGGACGAACCCGAACGCGGAGACUAUCCCGAGCGCGGAGGUGCUCAGCGCCUGGGAGGUGCGGCACGACCCCGAGCACGACCACCCCUACUACUACAACGCGACCACGGGCGAGAGCCGGUGGACGCCGCCCGACCCGCUCACGGAGGCCCGCGGGCGCGCGAUUCGGUGCGCCUACGAGAAGGCUGGCUACACCACGGCGUUCCGGCGCGAGGUGUCGAACCUGGAGCCCUGCGACGAGCUCGCCUUUCUCGUCGCGACGCACGACGAGCACGUCGCGCGCCGCGUGCUCGCGUGCUCGCGCGACGUCGUCGUCUGGUCGAUCGCUCGCGACUUCGCGACGCGGACGCCGUCCGCGUUCUGGGAGAACGCCAGAUUCUACGCGCGCGGCUGCGACCGCGCCGACGCCGCCGCGAUGCAAGGCGCGCGCCACGCGCCGGGCCGCGGGCCGUGCACGUUCUUCUCGCGCCUCGCGGAGACGCUGAACGCGACGCUGACCCCGUUCGACGGCCGGCGGUCGGUCGCGCGCGGCGGCACGCACGCGGCUCUCGUGACGCGCGUCGAGGACACCGCCGAGUGGGAGGGCAUCGUCGCGGACUUCCUCCCCGAGUUUUCCUUCGACGCGACGUGCCGCGGUAAACACGUCAGACGCGGCUCGGACCGAAACUACGACGCGUUCCUCGAGAGGGUCACGCCGCCGACGGCGGCCCAGGCCGCCCUCUACGCGACCUGCGACACCGCGGCCUUCUACGACGCGACCUGGAAUCGCGUCGUCAACCGCGCCACGGGCGCGCCCCACGACACGCGCGGCUGCCUCUCGGCGUAA